CCUCCACUUUGCCUAUUUUCUGUUUUAUAAAUCCAACUGUGCGUUUUUUAUUUAGCGAUUUUUUUAUUUUUCCCUGGUCUCACUCGAAUCGUUUUCUUACACCGAUUGAGAAAUUUAGGAUAAAGGACGUUAAUUUCAGACAAUGGCUCUCAACUAUCUCAGCAAGAACGCUUUGCCCAAGUUUGUUCGGCCUGCUGGCAUCCAGCUCGCUCGCUAUGCCACGGUCAACGCUGGCAAGACUCAGAUCACCACUCUGCCCAAUGGCUUUACGGUUGCCACCGAAAACAACCCCUCGGUGAGCACCGCCACUGUCGGUGUCUGGGUCAACUCGGGAAGCCGCAGCGAGACCGCCAAGGACAACGGCUCUGCUCACUUCCUCGAGCACAUGGCCUUUAAGGGUACAUCCGUGCGCUCGCAGCACGACAUUGAGCUGCAGAUCGAGAACAUGGGCGCCCACUUGAACGCCUACACCUCGCGCGAGCAGACCGUGUACUACGCCAAGGCCCUCGAGAAGGACGUUCCCCAGGCCGUCGAGGUUCUUUCGGACAUUCUGCAGAACUCAAAGCUCAACGAGGCCGCCAUCGAGCGCGAGCGCGACGUGAUUCUGCGCGAGCAGGAGGAGGUUGAGAAGGUUAUGGAGGAGGUUGUGUUCGACCACCUGCACGCCACGGCGUUCCAGAACAGCCCCCUCGGCUACACGAUUCUUGGCCCCCGUGAGAACAUCCUGUCCAUCACAAAGGCUGAUCUGGAGCAGUACAUCUCGCGCAACUACACUGCCGACCGCAUGGUUCUUGUCGGUGCCGGUGGCGUCAAGCACGAUGAUCUUGUCAAGCUCGCCGAGAAGCACUUUGGCUCGGUCAAGACCAGCGAGACGCCCGUCGCGCUGGCGACCCGCAAGGACGCCCCUCCCCGCUUCUGGGGCUCGGACCUGCGCGUGCGCAACGAUGACAUCCCCCAGGCGCACAUUGCCCUUGCCGUCGAGGGCGUCGGAUGGACCCACCCCGACUACUUCUCGAUGCUCACACUGCAGUCGCUGAUCGGCAACUGGGACCGCUCUCUGGGCGCGCCCAACAACGUCAGCUCGCGCCUGUCGCAGGUCGUGUCCAAGAACGCCCUUGCUAACUCUUUCAUGUCGUUCAACACGUCGUACCACGACACCGGCCUGUGGGGUAUCUACCUGACCUCGGAGAACGUCGGCAACCUCGAUGACCUCGUGCACUUCACUCUCCAGGAGUGGGCUCGCCUGUCAACCUCCGUCACUGAGGCCGAGGUUGAGCGCGCCAAGCAGCAGCUCAAGGCUUCGCUUCUCCUCAACCUCGACGGCACCACCGCUAUCGCCGAGGACAUUGGCCGCCAGAUCCUGACACACGGCAAGCGCAUGGAGCCCGCCCAGGUGGCCGCUGCUGUCGAUGCCAUCGAUGCCCAGACCGUGCGCAAGGUCGCCUAUGAGCGCCUGUGGGACCAGGAGGUUGCCGCUGUGGGUGUCGGACCCAUCCAGGGCAUGCCUGACUACAUGCGCAUCCGCUCGGCCAUGUCGUGGAUGCGCGCCUAAGCCAACAGCCAAGUCUAAAAUAAAUGUAGCUUUGCUGGUUGUCUGAAGCACCGCCGAAUUUUCCCAUCUCAAUAUUUUUUGUUUCUUUUUUCCCAAACAUACACUCUCACCUAUCCUUUACGCUUU